AUGAUAUCGCUUUUCGACAGCAACAAGUCUGAUACAACUGACGGAGAGGCACCCCUGGAGUUCCAGAAUCAGACAACAUUCUUCAGCCCCUUUGACAUCGGCAAGUGGUACUGCUACACCCUGCUGGCGCUCGUCACUUUCACUCUUCCUGUGGGCAUCCUGGGAAAUGUGGCAGUGCUAAUCAACUACUUCUGCUACAGAAAAGCCUCAAGUACCAGCAAUGUUUUCUUGUUAAACCUGGCUCUGUGCGACUCAGCCUGGAUCCUCACCCUGCCUUUCAGCCUCUACUUUGUCUUCAAGACGACAUUACCCACAGACGUACAGGUCUUCUGUCAGUUCAAAAAGAUCUCCUUCAACAUCAACAUAUACGGCAGCAUACUCUUCCUCACCCUCAUCAGUUUCGACCGCUACAUUGGGACAGUGCACCCCAUCAGCUCCCUCCGCUGGUGGAACGUGGGUAAAGCCAAGCUGUGCUCGGUGUGCGCAUGGGUCGCACUCAUCGUGACCUCCAUUCCUGACUUAUUUGUAACGUUUGUUAUCCGGCGCUCAGAAAACGUCACUGUGUGCAUGGACCACAUCAAGGGUCCGUUUCUCUACAUCAAGACGUUCACCAUUAUCCGAACAGUACUAGGCUUCCUGCUACCAUUCAGUGUCAUGCUGACUUUUUACGUCAUGACAGUUCGUGUUUUGAGGCGUCUCCCAAGAGGUAGCAGAACCAGAGGAGCCCAGCGAGCAGGAGGGAAGCCACUGCAGCUCAUCACCGCUGCCAUAUUCGUCUUUGCGAUCUCCUUUGUGCCUUACCACGUCAUGGUCAUCACUCUGGUGAUCAUGAGGAUCUAUAACCUGGUGACACCCUCUAACACCAAUAUCCUUUAUGGCACCUAUGAGUUUUUUGAAGCCAUGUGUACUUUAAGCAGCUGCCUGGACCCACUGCUGUAUAUUGUGGCUGGUGAGCAGUUCCAGAAAAAGCUGCUAGCCUUUAAAAGAGACCGAUACAGGAGGCUGUGCUGCAGAGCCAGCAGGAGGGUUGGGGUAAUUAAUGACUGA